CGGAAAGGCGGCGGUCAGGUGUGCGCCGGGCGGCCCGGGCUCGAGGGGAGCUGCGCCCCGAGAUGUAACGGGGCGCACAAAGCUGCCGUCCUCGAAGACCACCCCGAGGCAACAGAAGGGUGCAGUAGGACUGGUCAAGGCAGCAUGUGCAGGGCAAAGCUUGCUGACAUCGAGUAGGCACAGGCGGUUGCUGGCAGAGCCAAGAGCUGUGUUGGUGAGGACAAGGAGGAAGCCAAGCGCGGUGCCUGCUGUCACGUGGCCUGGCUCCGGUGUGGCUCUUUGGAGGUCCUUUAUAGGGAGCUGAAGAAAACCUUCAGUAGGGCUGCUGACACUGAUGAGAGAUCUUUUAUGCCAAGGCCAUCACUGUUUGAACAGACCACACCAUGCGUGAGUACAAGCUGGUGGUCCUUGGUUCAGGAGGUGUGGGGAAGUCUGCUUUGACUGUACAGUUUGUUCAGGGAAUUUUUGUUGAAAAAUAUGACCCAACAAUAGAAGAUUCUUACAGAAAGCAAGUGGAAGUAGACUGCCAACAGUGUAUGCUUGAAAUCCUCGAUACAGCAGGGACAGAGCAAUUCACAGCAAUGAGGGAUCUCUACAUGAAGAAUGGCCAAGGGUUUGCACUAGUAUAUUCCAUAACAGCACAGUCCACCUUCAACGACCUACAGGACCUGCGGGAGCAGAUCCUACGAGUUAAGGACACUGAAGAUGUUCCAAUGAUCCUGGUGGGCAAUAAAUGUGACCUGGAGGAGGAGCGUGUGGUCGGCAAAGAGCAGGGUCAGAACCUAGCCAGACAGUGGUGUAACUGUGCCUUCCUAGAAUCCUCUGCAAAGUCUAAAAUCAACGUUAAUGAGAUCUUUUAUGACCUGGUCAGACAGAUAAAUAGAAAAACACCAGUGGAAAAGAAGAAGCCUAAAAAGAAAUCAUGUCUGCUGCUUUAGACUCCCAGUGUGCAGCAGCUCUGAGCCAGAUCACAGGAAUGAAGAACUGUUGCCUCAAUGGAAAGUGCCAGCAUCCCCCCACUUCAAAACCUUAUGGAAAUUAAGACCAUAUCUGAAGAAGCUUCUCCUGUUUUGAUAUCCUCUGGGAAGAGUUUAGCUCUUAAAAUGGUUUGCACACAGUCCCUGGGGAAAAAAAAAUAAAAAGAGAGAGAGAAAGAAAAAGAAAGAAAGAGAAAGAAAGAGAGAAAGAAAAAAAGAAAGAAAAUUAUUUUGUGUCUAUCUCUUGGAAAUCUAAGACCAUAAUACUCCUCCUUUGCAAUAGCAAUUAACAGAUGUGAAAACAAACCUGAUUGACUCUAGCUUGUGAUCAUCCAGAGGAGCAUGGAUGCAUUGCAGAUGUUAGCUACUGCUACCAUAAUUCCAGUUCCAUAUUGACCCUUUUAUCAUCCUUUCCCCCCACCAAGCACUAAAAACUCUCCCACUGUUAUGUUUUCUAUCUAUAACCAGAGAUAUAUUAUCUGAAGUUCCCCUUCUUGAACUCACUGCAACAAAUAACUUUUUUUUUUUUUUGUGUGUGUGUGUGGGGUGGAUAUUGAGUCAUUGACUUCAUUUUUUUUUUUUUAAUUUAAAGGUUACAGAAUCUCAUUCUUUUCCUUCUGCCAUUAUAUUCUAAUGAGAAAUAUUUGUGCUUUCAGGGGGGGGAGGGAAGGAUCUUUUAUAGGAAAACAAAACAAAAAUACCCAACCUGGGAUAACUGAUUUCUAUGGCUUUAAAAGCAAAAA